GGGAGAAUCCGUUGAUCGUCUUGUCCCUGCUGUAGGAGUUGCUCCGUUCUUGAUUUCAUUUUGGUUGCUACCUCGCUUUGUUUUUAACACCCCCCCCCCUCAUACAUUUCACCGAAGAAUGAGCGACAACGAAGAUAUCGAUGUUGACAGUGACGCUGACAAACGAGCACAUCACAAUGCGCUGGAGCGCAAACGUAGGGACCACAUUAAAGACAGCUUCAGCAGUUUACGGGACUCUGUGCCUGUGUUACAAGGGGAGAAGGUUAGUGAACAAUCUGUCAAACAGGCUUCCCGAGCUCAGAUCCUAGACAAAGCCACAGACUACAUCCAGUACAUGAGACGAAAAAACCACACACACCAGCAGGACAUUGACGACCUGAAGAAGCAGAAUGCAAUGCUAGAGCAGCAGGGUGAGUGUGGGCUCAAGGCCCAGGGACAACUGCAGGUGCAGGAGGUCCGUGCACUGGAGAAGGCCAAAGGGAACACUACUCUCCAGGCCAACUACUCUUCCUCUGACAGCAGCUGGUACACCAACCCCAAGGGGAGCACAGUGUCUGCCUUCGACGGAGGCUCCGACUCCAGCUCUGAAUCAGAGACAGAGGAGCCGGCCAAUAGAAAGAAGCUGCGUGUGGAGCCCAUCUAGACUCCAUCCACAGUGUUAUCACCAGAGAGACUCUUAUCCACCAGCCCCCUCCUGUUCAGUCUGUUUCCAUUCUUCUCAUGCCAGUCCAGGAAGACCAUGUGAGAAAGGUGCGAUCAUGGCUUUUCCAACAUUUUGUUACGUUACAGCCUUAUUCUAAAAUUGAUUAAAAUGUUUUUUUUUUAAAUGUAUGCACAUUACCCCAUAAUGACAAAGCAAAAACUGUUUUUUUUAGACAUUGUUGCACAUUCAUUAAAAAUAAACAUAUCACAUUUACACAACUAUUCAGACCCAGUACUUUGUUGAAGCAUCUUUGGCAGCGAUUACAGCCUCGAGUUUCAUCAGACCGGUGAAUUUUGUUUCUACAUGGUCUGAGAGCCCUUUAGGUGCCUUUUGGCAAACUCCAAGCGGGCUGUCAUGUGCAUUUUACUGAGGAGUGGCUUAUGUCUGGCCACUACCAUUAAGGCCUGAUUGGUGGAGUGUUGCAGAGAUGAGAACCUUCCAGAAGGACAACCAUAUCUCCACAGAGGAACUCUGGCGCUCUGUCGGAGUGACCAUCAUUAUUUAUUUACAAUGACGGUUAACAGUGGGUUAACUGACUUGUUCAGGGGCAGAAUGACAGAUUUUUACCUUGUCAGCUUGAGGAUUCGAUCUAGAAAUCUGUCGGUUACUGGCCCAACGCUCUAACCACUAGGCUCCCUGCUGCCCCUUUGACCUCAUGGCUUGGUUUUUGCUCUGACAUGCACUGUCAACUGUGGGACCUUAUAUAGACAGGUGUGUGCCUUUCCAAAUCAUGUCCAAUCAAUUGAAUUUACACCAGGUGUACUCCAAUCAAGUUGUAGGAACAUCUCAAGGAUGAUCAAUGGAAACAGGAUGCACCUGAGCUCAAUAACUAAGAACCUGUUUUUACUUUGUCAUUAUGGGUUAUUGUGUGUAGAUUGAGGAAAUGUCUCUAUCCAUUUCAGAAUAAGAAUGUAACAAUGUGAAAAAAGUUGAGGGGUCUGAAUACUUUCCGAAUGCAGUGUAUAUACAACUCUUCAACCUUUGUCCUCCUUUGCCAGUGUAUUGUCACGCCUCAUUGCACCAACACCUCUCAACACCCCCAAAGUGAGACAGCUCUGCAGUUUGAAGGACUUGAUGCUUUUAAAACAUCAUUGUUCGGAAUCAGAUAUGAAGGUGAGCAGUUGAACAGCUUUAGUCUAGCUACAACAAAUACUCCCAUGUCUCGUUUUGAAUCACCUCAAUGAACCUGUUCGAAGAGUUGAGACUUACACAGACCUUUGAGAAAAUGUCCGUAGGAAUAGUUUACCUUUUUAAUAUUUGUACUUUUCCACAAAAGAAUGCGAAGUUGCUUUGAAAAAAAAUGUAUCUAAUGCAAUCUUCUGGAAUCAAGGUGGAUGGCUGAAGUCUUUAAAUAUAGGGAUUUGAAUACACAUAUUUCAAAGUGAUAUGUUGAAAUUGAUUUCUUAUUCCAUAUUGUACAUUUCUGUUCAACUUUACCACUUGUCAAUGGAGAUUGUUCAUCCUUCAUCAGUGUUGGCAUCAUUUAAUAUAUUCUCACCUCACAGGUUCAGCAAUGUUUUUAUUUUGUUAUUCUCAAGAACAUGGAGAUUACAUUUUUAUUUUUUAGAAAUGGAUAAUGUUACACUAUGCAGUUAAAAGGUAGUAACCUUUUUACUUGUAUUAAAGGAAAAGGCCAUAUCAGUGUAGUGCAUAUUACUGUAUACUUGUAAAUGUUGUCCAUUCUACAAAGAAAAACCCCUCAAAAUAUUUGUCUGUCCUGGGAAUGUUUGUCAUUUAGAUUUUUUAUUUUACAGAUAAUUAGUAUGUAAUAAUCUAGAUGUUUUUUUAAUUAUAUUGAUAUUACAGGUGUUGUAAGUACUGCCAACAAUUUUUGGAAGUUGAGGCAUACCUUUGCUGAGGAACUAUUAUAAAUAAAACUAUUUUAUC